GCUACAUCAGAGAAAGAGUGCUGGGAAAGCCUAGUUGGCCAAGAUAUCUACCGUCUCAUUGUGAUUGACUUCAUAUUUUGCUUGCUUGCUUCUUUCUUUGGAGAAUUUGUACGAAGUAUAAUAACUUUAUCCAAAUAUAGUCUGAUAUAUGCUAUUUUCAUACCAUGCAGUAAAAACCAAAGACUGAGUUUUCAUACGUUUUUGGACUUUCUCCCCUGCCUUUUUUUUUCUUGUAGGAUUGGCAUCUUCUUCGCACCUUUAAUGCCAGCCAUGCAGAUUAUAUCAUUUUUUAUAAUAUUUUAUGUAAAAAAGGUCAGUUUGAUGAGGAAUUGUCAACCACCUCGCAAAGUCUGGAGAGCUUCUCAGAUGACGACGCUCUUCAUUUUUCUGCUGUUUUUCCCUUCCUUUACUGGAGUCCUGUCUGUAAUGGCAGUCACUAUCUGGAGGCGGACGCCUUCUAAACAAUGUGGUCCAUUCCAAGGCUUGACCUCCAUAAUUGAUGCCGUUUCUGGAUGGAUACACAUAUUGGACAGCUAUUCCAGCUCAAAAUGGGUGGUGUGGAUUUAUUAUAACUUAAUUGGAAGUGUGCAUUUCUUCUUCAUCCUCACUGUCAUCGUCCUGUAAGUGUCCGUAAAUGAAACUGAGUGGGGGAGAGAAAGUGAGGGAAACUUCGUCAUGAGGUGUUCAUUCUCUGUGAUGAAAACGCAAAGGAAACUUUAAAGCUUCAUUGGUGGAAACAAUAAAUAUAUUGGAAUUUAGUGAGAAUUUGAGGUAUUUGACUAGAGAAGCAAAGACAAUUUGCUACUUUUUAUAUGAGGUGCUCAGAGCUCUUUACGAAGCAGCCUCACGCUAGCCCAUGAGAAACUGUUCUUCAAGAACACCCAUUUUAUUGGGUAUCCAGAUUUACAAAGCCUCUUCCCACUAGUGCACUUACAACUUACAAAAUAAGAAAAUCAUCUUGCUUAUUUUUUCCCACAAAGCCUCUUCCCACUAGUGCACUUACAACUGAUAGGAUGGUUUGUUCUUCCUGUUUGAAAGGUAAGCAAAUC